AGUUGUAAGUUAGCUGUCAAAGUUCUGUUUGUACUUUUUCUUUAACCGGGGUCUGGGACAGUGAACUAUACAGUACUAGCGUCGUACUGCGUCUUAUUUCAGUUUCGCUUCGUGCAGUUAGAAGGCUAAACCCUUGAACCUCACGCUCUCAAGUCAACUUUACAUGGACGCGGUUCCUGGAGUAAAUCACGCCCGUGAGAUCUUGCCCCAUGUGAUAGAGACACUCUCUGCUCAUUUCCUGGAUUCGUGAUUUUACAGUUGCAACAACUUCUGAAAUCCACAGUGUCUCCUCCGCGUGUUUACUGUGUGAGGGUCCCUCCAGCUCUUGGCAAUGCUGCUGUUCACAGCAUCUGUGGAGAUAUGCCUUGCGUUUCUGCCAAUGGAAUAUAACGUUACUAGUAUAAUCCGAUAUUUGACAGAUCUGUAAGGAGUGUUUGACUCAGCCAUGGAUGGAUCUACGAAUAGUCUUGAUGAUGUGUCUGCAGAAAGCAGCACAGAGUUUCCUGACAGGCUGUCUUUAAUGGAGGUGCGCCUCCAAGCACAAGAAGAUGAAAUAACGCUACUGAAGUCCUCCUUGGCCGAUGCCUUGCGUACACUCCGCCUACAUGACCAACAGAUACCCCUGCUUAAACAGCAGCUGAUUGCUGUGAACCCUGCUGCAGCCCGAGUGUUAAAUCAUUCCUGUUAUGUGGAUGGAUUCUCUAAACCUUGCAGACUGUCUACAAGCUCACUUGACGGAUUUCACCACACACCAAACAGCCAUAUCUCAAACACAGCUGAAAACGGGGAGGGCGGGGCUAAAACCAUUUCCAGCUACAAACCGAGUACUAGUGACAGGUGCACUCAGACUGAGCCAUGGAUCCCCAAUCACGAGACUGUCCCGCUGGCCCUGACACGGGCCAUCCAGAGUCUCUCCCUGGAGGAUGCAUUACCUGAAAGCAUCCAGUUCACCGAUGAAACCCCGAUCAAACUCCGUGGAGAGGAGGAAGAUGCCUUUGAAGAAGAGAUGGGGAAGGACCAAACCUGGAGCUCCUCCGUAGAAGAAACCAUCCAGCCCACCACAAACAGAACCCUUCAGCAACAGCAGAGCAAAUGCAGCGAGGACAGCCAGGGUUCAGGCCCUCAGACGCCAACGUCCUCCUCGCCCGCACCCCCAAAAGAGCUGGCAUCCAGCCCACACGGAGGCCCACUCUCCUCCAUUCGGGAGGAAGAGAAAAUGCUGGUGAGAAGGAACAGCGAGAAAAGCAGAGACUCCCAAGACAAGACCAAACAGCGGCUUUCUAAGAAAGCGGCCUCCUCUACAAACUUACUCACACGGUCUCCGAGUCUGGAGAGCCGGUCAAAAGACCUUCUCUCCAGUGCAGGUAACAAGACAUCUCUCUCAUUCUCUCACCUUCUUUUUCUUCAUUCAUCUUUUAUGAACAUUUCUAAACCGCAUUGAUCUUAGCAGCCUAGCUUUGUCAUAAUUCAGGCUUGCAUUAAUCAUUUUCUACUUCAGUUUCCGAAUAACUUGUGCCUCUUAUAUAGAGAUAGUCAGCCCUUUACAAUACUCCGUUCUAUUCUAUUUCCUUGUGUGCUAGAUUACUGGAAAAGCUGUCAUGUGUUAUGAAUAUAAGACACUUUUAACCUUUCACUCAACAUGUAGUCAUUGUCUUUUCAGUUUCCCACAAUCAGGAUUGUCAGGUUUUCAUUUCUUGAAUAAUUAGUUUUUUAAUCAGUAACACACAGUCUUUUAAUCUCUUCACAUAUAAACCUAUGGAUUCAGAAUAAUGUAACAUUGCUCGUAGCACACAGUAAUUAUCUUGAUAUGUAUUGAUGAAGGCAGUGUAUUUAAACACAAGUGCUGAUUUGAUUGCUGCUGCAGCAGUGGUACUUUCAAUGAUAUCAGUUAGAAAGCAAAACUUCUCAGACAGUUUUUCUAUGCUGACUGUUGGCACACUAAAGCAGAGCACACUAUCAGCAAUCUAAAUCCCUCUCUGAGGAAUGGCAUCUCGUAAAAUAUUUGAAUCUCUCCUUUUAUUUUUUCAUUGCAAAAACACAGUUGCACCAGAAAUGAUUGAACUAGUUACCCUAAUCCCAGCCCAUCUAAUAUCACUUUUGAUCAGUUUAAUGCAUCCUUGCUGAAUAUAAGUAGUAAUUUCUUUAAAAAAAAAAUUACAAAAAAUCUUACUGACCCCAGACAGUGUAUCAGUUCAUACACCCCUUUCAGUAGCUUUAUGGACCCCAGGUUGAAAAGCCAAUUGAUAACUGAAUAAAUAUAUGUUAGAGAGCAG